CAUAGGCUCAUUUUGGAAGCACUGUAUAUGCUAUAAAAAUAUUUGACAAUCACAUGAUACCCCAAACAAAAGUGCUAAAACUUUGAGAUUUUAUUGAAAUCUUCAAUUAAAUUGCGUAAAAAACACUUAAAUUGUGCAGUAUUCAGAAAUGUCUAAAUUACCCAUCAAAGAUCCAUCGGUUAAAAUCAUUCCUGCCCCGGCGUUCCGAAAACUGGUCAGCAGUCGAUUCUCCCGGGACCCACUUCUUCCGCAGGCGAUUCAGAAUAUUUGCAAAAAUAAUUUGUCGAAAUGCACCAGUAGAAUCGAAGAAGAACCAGGGAAACCCGUCGAAUUUUCAGAAGAAGAACGAGAGUUUCUAAAAGACCAGAAUGAGAAAAAUCUUCCGAAGAAAAGCGAUCUUGACGAUGUGGAAAACGACGAGCCCGAAAAAGAACCCGAAGAAAUCCUUAAAACUGCUCCCGUACAAAAGACCAAUACCCUGACCCUUUCGUUGAAUGACCUGAAAUGGCUUCAUCAAGCGCUGAACCGAUUGCGCAAAGACGAUCCGGAAGUACCGUAUCUACACGAGCUGAUGCAAGAUUGCGAAAUUAUUCUACCGGAGAACGAAAUUCAGGAACGGAAUCCCGAGCUGGAGGCCCGUUGCCAGAAGCUCCGCAAGCAGCAGGAAGCCAAAGAGUACGAAGCCAUGACCAGAAAUGUGGACAACGUCCGGACACUGAUGCCACAGGACACCAUCGCCUACCAAAUGAAACAAAUUAAUCGACAGUUGAUUGCCGUGGCGCAGUUCAUCUUUUCCGUGGCGGCUGGAUUCGCUUUUGGAUUUAUCGGCAUUGAGCUGAUCGUCGGCCAGCUGGAUUUCGGGUUCAGGUUGUUGCUCGGCAUUAUGAUUUCGUUGAUCAUCGCUUUGGCGGAAAUCUAUUUCCUGGCGAAGAAACUGAACGAGGACUACGACCAGCAGCCGCCGGUUGGCCAACCGGAAACGUCGGAACCGGGCAAACGAAAGGUGGUCGAAUCAAUCCGAAUAACUCCCAAGACUGCAGACAAAGCGAAAGGCAAGCUUCAUCAAGAUUAAGGUAUGUAGUUACGUGUGGUUCAUUUCUACUUAGCUCUUUUUACGUUUUAAAACACAUUGAUAAGUAUUAA